AGGAAUAGGGUGUCGUUUUCUGAGCUCUGCCAAAGGUGCUGUUUUGUUAUCGUCGGUACAGAGGUGUCACUCAUCCACCUCCACACGUCGGUAUAGAAGUGUCACUCAUCCACCUCCACACGUCGGUACAGAGGUGUCACUCAUCCACCUCCACACGUCGGUAUAGAGGUGUCACUCAUCCACCUCCACACGUCGGUAUAGAAGUGUCACUCAUCCACCUUCACACGUCGGUACAGAGGUGUCAGAAGCACUCAUCCACCUCCACACGUCGGUACAGAGGUGUCAGAAGCACUCCUCCACCUCCACACGUCGGUACAGAGGUGUCACUCAUCCACCUCCACACGUCGGUACAGAGGUGUCACUCAUCCACCUCCACCGACUCACCCAACACUCAUCCAUGGGUAGUAGGAACACCAGGUAACUUACGGAUGCCGAUUAGAAAGAGAAAGAGAGAGAGAACUUUCUUUCAACAUGCCUUUCUCCCGUGUGGUGCGAGACCUUCUUGACUCAGAUAAUAUUGAUGAUGUUAGCUAUGAAUUUACGAUCAGCGAAAACAAAAAGAGAUUCCCUACAACUGGAGAUAAGCUGUCAACACGCCACGACGAGCCUGAACACGUCUUAAACUCGUCCUGAACACAAGCUAAACACGUCCUGAACACAACAAGAACACGCCCUGAACACGUCCCAUCCUACCACCCUCAACAUGGAUCAAGGUCAGGCCAACAGGACGUUCCUCCGCCCACGGAAGCUGGUGGAGGUGUUGUCGACGAAGCCUCACCUCUCCACCACGCUGCUUCACCUCUGGCAAAAACACAACUUCCAGCCGUCUGGUGUACGUCGGGUGGCCUUCACCUACCCGAGGGUGUUUCACCUGGAGGAGGAGGUGGUGAAGCUGAGGCCUAUGGUGACGCUGUGCCCCUACUACAGCAGCAACCCCGGUAGCUGUGACCUCGCUGACGAGUGCCAGAACCUGCACUACCUGCACGACGUGUGUACCGGGGACGUCUGUUACCGGAGCCAUGACUGGGACGACCAACCGAACUCCCGAAUCUUGUACAACUUGUUCCUAGAGGGCGUGGCCAACGACGUGCUGUGCAAGAUGGUGCAGCUGGUGAUGCAGGAGUCUGAGGGUGAGGCGAGGGUGCUGCCGAGGAGCGGCCGCAGCAGCGCCUCCCUCUGGACCCUCUACCCGGACGGGGAUGUCCCCGAACCAGAGAUCUGUUACGACUCGGUGGAGGGACUAUGCGACAGGGAGAGCACCGGCUGUCAACGGCUUCACGCCACCCGACACUACCAGUUCCAGGUGCGGGAGGAAGGUGGCCGCUGGCAGAAUCUCCAGGACUCCCAAGUGGACGCCCUAGAACGCAGCUACUGCGACCCAUCACAGGAGAGUGUACAAGUCCCCCCGCUGUACCCCGUCAGCUACCACCCAUCACAACACAUCCUGCAGCAGCUGAUGGGGCAGGACACGUGGGAGGUGCAAUUCAACACCAAUACUCUCACCAAUUCCUCUGGCGAGAUCCUGUGGCUCCGUCGACUGUGUACGGAGGAGAAGGAAGACACUGAGGUUCCGGCGAGGACCUUCAUCUGGUAUUUCUCAGUUGAAGACGACAUUUGGCUGCCCUUUGGAACUCCCUGCGAGGACGUGAAGAGUAGCGUGAACUCUGAGGAGAUAGAGAGUAACUAUAAGAACGGCGACGAGGUGAUGUACUUCGCCACCAGCAGGUCGACCUACACCAUCAACUUCGUCACCAUGACUCAGACCAACGAUCAGAGCGGCUAUCAGCGGGAGAUCCGACGACGACCUAAGCCUCACUUCCAACACGAACGAAACACAACCACGCUCUUGUCUCCCACCUGUCACUACGACGAGUCCCCCUCAUCCUCUUCAAACGACAAUGACGAGGAGCCUCCGACGACCCCAUCUCCCACCCCCAGGGCCCCCUCCCCCAGUAACCAAGACUCCAAUCUUGAGACGUCCUUCCCUGAGACCUGGGAGGAGAUGGGCCCAAAGGAAGCUGUGCGCCUCAAGUCCCUCAACCCGUACACGAGUGAGUACAAGGAGGUGGCGGAGCUGCUGGAGCCCGGACUACACAACAGGAGUGUGAUGGGGAUCAAGCGUGUCCAGAACCGUCAGUUGUGGAGCGACUUCCAGAGGAGAUGCAGCGAGAUGCCCGACAAGUACAAGGGACCAGAACCCACCGUGAGGCAGCUGUUCCACGGCACCACGAAGGAUGUCUUGUCGAAGAUCCUGAAGAAGAACCUGGACAGGACCCAUCAGGGGAGAUCCUACGGGAAUAAGACCAGGUACGGCCGAGGCACCUACUUCUUCUCAAACGUGAACAGGGCAUUAAGGCACAGCACCCCAGACACUGCCGACGACCACUGCUACCUGCUGGUGAUCCUGGUGGCUAUCGGAGCUGUGACCAAAGGCGACCCUAGCAUGGUAGAUCCCCCACCAGACCCCGACGACGACAUCACCUUCGAUACUACCGUAGAUGAUCCCGACGGCCCGACAGUCUACGUUAAGUACGACAAGGCGGAGUAUUACCCACAAUAUAUCGUGACCGUAAUGUAACUCUCCGCAAUAUUAACACUGCAGUUGCCUUCAUUUAGUGUGUGUGUGUGUGUGUGUGUGUGUGUGUGUGUGUGUGUGUGUGUGUGUGUGUGGCCUUAAGUAGCAAGGUGUCCGUAAUAAUAAACUUUUUUGUUUAUACUCAUUUGUGUUUAAGAAAUGAUGUUGUUUAAACUGGUCACAUCCAAGUGUUGAAUCUAUUGAUCAUUUGUGUUUGUUUGUGUGUGUAUGUGUGUAUGUGUGUUUGUGACUUUCUAUAUUAUUGUAUUUAUGUUUGUUUAUGAAUGUUCGUGUGUUUGUUUAUUUGUUUGUUUGUCCACACGGGAACUAUCUUUCACCUUGUCAUAACUAUAACCAAAACUUUACACAGCUUAAGCCUAGAAUAGUAAAAAAAAAAAAACAACAACAACAACAACUAUAUAUUUAGACAAAAUUUAGGCCUAUUUUAUAUUUUUUAUUUUUCUCGGAUCGGGUCAAGGUCAGAGGUCAUUGCUAGAGGUCACAGGUAGUUAACAUGACUAAAAAGCGAAGGGGGGUGUUUUUUGGUGGGUGAACAGGGGAGGGGGGGUGUAACGAUUAUAUAGAGUUUUAAUUGACUGUCUCUAUUAACAGGUUAUGUAUAUAGUGAAACCUCUAUAUAGCGGAUUUCUCUGUAUUAUCCGUUAUAUGAGGGGGUUCACAUCUAAGGGACCCUCGAUAUAACGGACUUUCCACUAUAUAAUCCGUUAAAUAGAGGUUUCACAUACACAUUUUUAAAACUCAUUAUAUUAGUCUUUCUUUACAUUUAAUAAAGCUUACAUAGGGUAUUUAAAUCUCUACAUGAGGCUAAUAUAUAAUGCUUUUGUCGCCUUAAUGCUCCCUGAGGGGGUUAGGUUUAAGGUAGGUUAGGUUAGGGUAGGUUAGGGUAGGGUUAGGUUAGGGUGUGGUAGGGUAGGUUAAGUUAGGUUAGGUUAGGUUAGGUUAGGUUAGGUUAGGGUAUCUAAUCUUCACGUGAUCCAUUUAUUCCCAUUACUCGCUGUGUGUUGUCAACGUCACUGCUCUAAUUCUUUCUCCAUUGUAUAUAACUGAUCAAUAAAAAUUAAUAUAAACAA